CUUUGUUCAAGCAUCUUGUAUUACUUCAUGACCUCCUGAUGGACCCGCCUUCGUAUGAGGAGGCCCGUUUCAACCCUCCCAUUCAGACCGUCUGCUCCCGUCCUCCCCCUGCGUACGACGCCUCCCUCGCGUCGCCCCCGACGCCGCCGCCCGCCUACAGAGACGCAGUUACCUCUCCUUCGAACCCUUUUCCUGUCCUCACUCCACCGUCACUGGGACCCGUCGAGCCGGCAACUCACCACCCAAAUGGAGUCAUCGUCCAUCCGGUGACUCAAGUCGGCGCUCCCCAGAGGACCCACCGCGCCCACAGUCUUCCGUCGGCCGUGGUGACCCAGCCGGGGCCGGUUCCCAUCAGGGUGUCGUGUCUGAGGGAUUUCCCCGCCUUGGUUCAAUGCCCGCACUGCCAGCGCACCGUCACUACCAAGGUCAAGUUUGUUCCCGGGAGCAGUGCCUGGUGCAUGUGUGUCUUACUGGGACUGACGGGGGUGCUUUGCGGUUGCUGUUUGAUCCCGCUGUGUGUGCGCUCCAUGCAGGACGCUCAUCACUACUGUCCCCACUGCGGAGAACCUCUUCAUGUUUACAAGAGUUGAUCAUCAAAACACUUCUUCACAUAUUUAUACCACGACUUUGAAUAUUGAACAUUGAUUACUGAAUGAAGCGACCUCCAUGGGUCAUGGACACGGACGGAUUCUGUUGCUGGAACAGGAAGUUCUACUGCAGCAACCUGAAACUCCUGGACUUCUUCAUCCAGCUGGAGUCAGAAUUCACCAACGAAAGACAAAACUUUCGUCUGCUAACUGCCUCCUGAUAAACCUGGAGGUGAGGAGGAAAUAAUAUUGUGCCGUGAGAAACUGAAUUUGAAUGUGAAAUUAAUUCAUUAAUUAGGUUUAACAAAAAUGCUUUAACUGUUUGGAAUUAAAAUAAGAUUUACAUUAUAUCAUAGUUGUUUUUUUUUUAUUAUUAUAUUUUCGGGUUUUUUUUUUAAUCAAAUCCAGUUUCUGAUGGCACAAGAUGGACUCCAUAGAAAUACGGAUUGUGAAUAUUUAUUUUUCUAAUGUUUAAUUGUAAGAGGAAAUGACAAAAGGUCUUUUUCACAAGCUUUUGUUUGAUGUAAAUAAGGAAAGGAUCUGAUUUGUCUGGAUGAUCUUUUGUUGGUAGUUUUUAUUGCAGAUGUUCUUCUAGUUUAUUCUAGGUUGUAAGAUUGAAGAGAAUUUCCUCGGGUCUGAAUACAUGAACACAGUUGCUUUGGUGGGUGACACUGGGGAGAACUGCGAGCUCCUGCAGGCUUUCAUCAAGCUACAAUAUGUCAGAAGGUUGUCUGAAGAAACUGGCUUCCUCAACAUCAACGUAUUCAUUUGUAUAUAUGUAUCUCCUUCCAGUGAUUGUUAAAGUUACAGACACUGAACACAUUCUUGUGAGGGCGGGACGAAUGACACAUUUAUGUGAGUGUGUGUGUUGACCUGAUCAAAUUCCAGCUCCUCCCAGUUUCUACUUGAACAGCAGAUGAUUCAGAGAGAAGGAAAGACUGGGUCUGAAUGUAAAGAUACAGUCUCCACAUCGCAGAUGCUGAAGUGGCCCAGACUCACUUCCUGUUUAAGUUAUGCCUGAAUUUAAAGAAUGACACAUUUAAAACCCUGCAGACAUUAAACUGUCUGCAGGGUUUAACAGAUUGGGGACAGACAUGUCGGGGAAAGAAAGAAUGGGUCAGAAAUAAUUGACAAACAGUAAUAGUCCAUGUAAAUUUAACUUUUUACUUUCACUCAAUCCACACAAAUGUCUUCAGUUCUUACUCUUUAUAGUCUCAGAAUGGAAUUAAAUUAAACUGUCUGAGGACAACUUGAUGUUUGAAAUGUAGUAAAUCCAAGAGAUUAGCUAGUGAGAGUAUUGUAAGCUUAUCAGUGUUUUAUAUUCAACUCUAAAACAUAUGAUUUAAAUUGGAUUGGAAAGUCUCAGUGUUUGAUGAGUGGGUUCUCUGCAUCGUUUUGAAUAAUUCUGACACAUUAUUGUCUAUUUUAUAUUAUAAUAUUUUAAAUUAUAAGCAGCUUAGCCAGCAGUCGUUGCCACUAGUCAUUUCGCUGGUGACAAACAGAAUUUAACAGAUACUUAGAGUGUGUGUGUUCAUUAUGUGCAUUUUUGUAGUUUUCUUUUUUCUUGUCUUUUGUAGGUGAUUUGAUUUCUUCAUUUGAAGUGUAAAAACCAUGAAAACUAAAGCUAGAAUUUUUUUUUUUGCCUUUCUAAGAGUAAAUUUGAGCUGGAUCCACUUGUUAGGGAAUGUCAGAGUGUUUUGCUUUUGAUAAUGACCCUCUGAUUUCACACAAGGUGUUUCAUUCCAAAUAUAAGAAGUUAUCAGUGUUUAUGCGAAUCCCGAUGAACUGAUGUCCAGCUAUUGGAGUUUCAUCAGUAUUUUUGUGAAGCGUUUGACAAAUGUGUAAACUUAAAGCUAAUAUACGUAUAUUUAAUAUAGAGAAGAGGGAGCGAGAUAUGCAUGAAGGAUCUGUUUCUGUACUGUUAUGACUGUGAAAUAAACGCUCUGUUUCUUUGA